AUGGCAUCCGGUGCUCUAACCCAGCAGCCCUCAACACUAGCCGAAUCUAAGCUUCCGAGACUCCCAAACGAGGUUCUUGACAUCAUUUGUCGUUCGGUACCGGUAGAGUCUCGUAUUGCUCUCGCAUUAACCUGCAGGCGCACUUUCGGUGGGAUCAUUUUUGAGAAGCUAAAGGGGAAGAAAUUGACUAGGCUCUUACUACUCCUCGAAAGGGACAGCCCAACCAGAUUCGUCUGCUUUGGCUGCAGAAAGCUCCGGCGCCUGGUCAGACAUCCGACACAGGGUUGGGACGAUAAGGGCCAUGAACUGUGCGGGGAUCACCGGAAAGGGAGGCUCACCUUCUCACAUGAAACCACCGAGGACAACUGGGUCCAUUGUAUCCGAACCACAACCUACGAAGUUCGUUUCAAUCUUCACCGCUGGCAGCCUCGUAAGGACGGCCCAAAAAUCUCAUUUUCAGAGGCUCACUUGGUCAUGAGCCGGCAUCGGUACGGGCCGAGAUAUGGACUAUCCCUUGAUAUUCUGAAACAGGAGCUCAAUUUCGACUGUUGCAUAAGAUUAUGGACCCAGGACUAUUUCCCUUUGGACGAGUAUCUGCCCGGCGGACGGUACGGACUACUGCCGGAGGAACCAAGAGACUUCAAACAAUCCAUGUAUCCGGAGGCUCUUAAGCGGAUUACCAGGCCAGGAUGGCCUAUAAUUGGACCCGGACUUUGGAGCCUCGGCCACACAUAUGACGCCAUGGUUGUGGGGGAUGAACUACAUGUCGUUCGUCUUCAUCGAAGAGAUGAAAAUGGUUGGACGCUGGAGCUGGUAACGUACCAUCGGCUUGGGCGAUGCCAGACGCCAGACGAUCCCAUUUGGCAGUGCCUAGCUAGUCCGUCAAGGUAUUUCGGUAUCGGUCGUGAGAAUAUUGAUCCAAGCUUUGGGCCAGGCCGUACACGGGAGAAAUGGCAUGAGGCUCUUAAAGCUCUCCCGGGAGCCAUCAAUAUAUGA